AACUGUGUUUAUGGCGCUUUCAGAAAAACGGUUUGAUGACCGCGUUUCGCGUUUCGUCUUAUUAUUUCUGUUCUUCUUCUGCGUUGUGGGAUUUCUACUUGGAAUCAUGUUUAUUAACUUGAAUGUGAACGAUCGAAAUAAGUAAGCUCGAGCAGAAUUCGAAAGUUUUUUCCGCGACCAGCGAGGGAUCAGACUCAUUCAGUACAGCGGCGUCUCGAGUUUCGCAGCACACUGAACAAGGGACAUUAUAGCUCCAGAUCAAUCUGCAAGGGUGGAGGAGAACUGUAUGGAACCCAAGGAUGAUUAAGCAUUUCUGCCAUGGAGGAAACUCGUCGAGGAAAAGAUCAAAACUUCAUCGGUGGUAUGGAGAUUGCUGAGAAACGCGGCCAGCCACUACGAGAACGUAGAGCCGUUAAAAGAAAUUCGACGGAGGAUAUUCUACAACGACUACAAGACCUGGAGCAAAAAGUGGAAGCAUUGCUCCAACCCAGGACUAAUUUUAAGUUCUUGGCCAAGUACUUUCAAGAACGGGACGGUCUAAACUAUGGACUGGGAUUGAUGGGGCGUCCUGGACCCCCUGGACCAAAAGGAGAAUCAGGAAAGUCUGGAGUGAAGUAUGUGCGCUGGGGAAGGACCACCUGUCCGAGUGGUGCUGAAACUGUUUACAAAGGUAUAAUUGGUGGUGAGUCUUACGGUCACCAAGGUGGUGGAGCGAAUUAUCUCUGUCUCCCACUCAAUCCAAAGUAUGGCAAGUACAAAGACGGACAUCAAAACGCUGGAUACGUGUAUGGCGCCGAGUAUCAAGUCGCUUACGGUUUCAACCCAUUUAAAAACAUCCAUGACUACGAGGCAGUGUGUGCUGUUUGCUUCACUAAGACACGAGGCUCAAUGCUUAUGAUGCCCGCGAGAAAUGAUUGUCCAUCUGGCUGGACCGAGGAGUAUCAUGGGUACCUGAUGACUGAAUACUACAAACACAAUAAUCAACGUGACUUCAUAUGUGUUGACGAGGAUGCGGAGUAUGUCCCUGGUACCAAGGCCAACAAAGAUGGUGCAUUACUGUACCCUGUGGAAGGGGUGUGUGGCUCACUUCCGUGUAAACCGUACGUGAAUGGGAGAGAGUUGACCUGCGCUGUAUGCACCAAGUGACGGAAGACUGCCAUUACAGUGGAAACCAAGCUAAGGCUACAGAAAAAGUUCUUGAACAGUGAUUGCAGACUCUUGUGAUUUAAUAUUUUAUGGGUUAGAUUCUUAGUCAAAGGGUAGGCUUACAUGUACAUCAUGAUAAAGCUCACAUUUUAAUUCAGUCAGAACUAAAGAUGUUCAUGGAUGUAGCGAAUAAAAUAACAACAAUAAACUCAAGUGAGAUCA